CCCUGGAUGGCCCUGCGCACUGGGACGGCUUGGUUUGGGCAGGUCCUGCGCAGAGUUUCCCGGCUUCAGGGCACCUGGUCCCGGCGCUCCAGCAGCCUCCUGUGCCUCUCUUCCUCGCAGGAGUCCGAGCAGGCGGGCGGAGAGCGGCCGCCGCCGCAGCACAAGCUGCCCCGGAGCAGCGGCAGCGGCGGCGGCGGCGGGCGCCGCCAGCCCCCCCGGCGGCUGCUCCCCUGCUGUGGCUGCUGCGGCCUGUCGGAUCCCCGGGCGGCCAGGGGGGGACAUGGUCCCCUCACUCGCCCCUUGCUGGCGGCCAUGAAGAGGCAGAACGUGCGGACCCUGUCCCUUAUCAUCUGCACGUUCACCUACCUGCUGGUCGGAGCUGCCGUCUUUGAUGCCCUGGAGUCCGACAACGAGAUGCGGGAGGAGGAGAAACUCAAAGCCGAGGAGAUCCGGCUCAAAGGAAAGUACAACAUCACCAGCGAGGACUACCGACAGCUGGAGUUGGUGAUCAUGCAGUCCGAGCCGCACCGAGCCGGAGUCCAGUGGAAAUUCGCCGGCUCCUUCUACUUUGCCAUCACGGUCAUCACGACCAUCGGUUACGGACAUGCUGCCCCAGGGACGGACGCAGGGAAGGCCUUUUGCAUGUUCUACGCAGUCCUGGGGAUCCCACUGACACUCGUCAUGUUCCAGAGCCUGGGCGAGCGCAUGAACACCUUCGUCAAGUACCUCUUGAAACGCAUCAAAAAGUGCUGUGGGAUGAGGAGCACCGAGGUCUCCAUGGAAAACAUGGUCACUGUGGGUUUCUUCUCCUGCAUGGGGACACUCUGCAUUGGAGCAGCAGCCUUUUCCCAGUAUGAGGAAUGGAGCUUUUUCCAUGCUUACUAUUACUGCUUUAUAACAUUGACUACGAUAGGGUUUGGAGACUAUGUGGCCCUGCAGACCAAAGGGGCCCUUCAAAAGAAGCCUCUCUAUGUGGCUUUUAGCUUUAUGUACAUUCUAGUGGGGUUGACAGUCAUUGGGGCAUUUCUAAAUCUGGUUGUUCUCAGGUUCUUGACCAUGAACAGUGAGGAUGAGAGGCGGGAUGCUGAGGAACGGGCGUCCCUGGCAGGGAACCGCAACAGCAUGAUUAUCCACAUCCAAGAGGACUCCCAGCAUGGUCGGCCACGGUACAAGGCCGAAGUAACAGACCUUCAGUCAGUUUGUUCCUGCAUGUGUUACAGGUCCCACGAGUACACCAGCCGGGUGGUGUCCCACCAAAAUUCUUUCAGCUCAAAGCUGAACCCCCAGUACUUUCACUCCAUCUCUUACAAGAUAGAGGAGAUCUCGCCAAGCACAUUAAAAAACAGCCUUUUCCCAUCUCCUGUCAGCUCCAUCUCACCUGGGUUGCACAGCUUUACAGAUAACCACAGGCUGAUGAAACGGCGAAAGUCCAUUUAAAGGGAUUUGUCUUUUGCUUUCCUUGUUUUCCCCAGUUCUUCUCUGUUGUUUUGGGUUUUUUUGUUCCUUGAGUGAGAGAGUGAGGCCAAAGGGAGUAGAGCAAGCCAGUCCUCCUCUGAGACUCAGCUCUUGAGCAUGAAGCAUGGAUUAUUACUGUUCCAGCAAAGUAUGCCUUACAUUACCCCCUCGGUGGAUGUCAGAGGAUUCAAGGUGACGUGAAGUGGGUACCAAAUCCAAAGUUGCACACACAGCUGGGAGCCUUCAUGUGCCACUGGCACUCCUGACCUAACAAACUUUUUUUCCUCACGAGCAGGUUGCAGCAUGGAUGUGUGCUUUGCGUGUGUGUCGGGUGUGUGUGUGUGUGUGUGCGUGUGCAAUUCCACAACUAGUGCCAUGUGACAAAAAUUAAAGCAUCAGGUAUUAUUUUUUUUUUCGCCCUUGAAGCAAUUGUGUUCCAGCCUGCUUUUUAGAUUGCUUCCA